ACAUGACCUCUCCCCAACGUAUCACAAUAAGGUUGGGGAGUUGGCAAGUCGAGGCACAGAUGUGGACUUAACGGAAUCAAACCGGCAAGCCAGUAAUGAUGGGAACCAAAAGGGCUCCUCUCCCGGUCGCAGAAAUGGGCAGAUUAUCACGGAUUUGCAUGGUGGCGUUGCUGUGAGGGAUAGGGAUGGGGGCAGCCAAGGAUUGACUGGGGAUGGGGGGAGGGAGGAUGGUAGUGGGGAUGGGUUGAGUGGGGAUGAAGAAAGGGAGGGUGACAGAGGUGCGGUUGGGAGAAGUGCAGGCGAAAAGGGUGUGGGUGAGAGGGGUGCAAGCGGGACGAGGAGUGCAGAUGGGAAUAGGAAGGCCAAGGGGAUGGCGGUUGAUGAUACUCCCCCGCCCCUGUCAGCCCUCCAGACGUUGUUUAGUAGCAGCAGCAAACCGAGAGCAGCUUUUGAGACAUCUCAGAAGGUGGCGCCGCAAAGUAGCAGUGCACUAAGCAGUGGCCAGUGGAAGGAGGUCUCGUUGUCUCUCAACCGCCCUCCUUCCGCUCACUCACAACAGCCCCCUCUCGCUCUAUCGCACCUCCCACAAGCACGCCCCCCUCUUCCUCUCCCUCCAUCGCACCUCCCACGUUCCACAUCCAUUCUCCGGCACUCCUCCCCCUCCUUCACCCCUUCGAUCCGCCUGGUCUCAUGGACGAACACAGCUCACCGCCUCUCUUUCCGCUCCGCGCUUCAAACCGAAGCUGCAGCUUUGGCAGCAGAAGGGCUGGAUUCCGAGCCUCGGCAUGAGGCUCGGUCGGAGAUUCGGCACGCGGCUCGGCAGUCUGUGCAGGCUCCGGCCCAGCUUCCCGAACCUAAGCUGCGUUCGGGGAGUCAGCAGGACGAACUGAAGCUGAGACAAGGGGAGAAAGAAUCCCAUGGUGUGAUGGAUCGUGCAAACGAAACGAAACGAGGCCAAGUGGCGCAAGGCGCAGCUCAGCUGGAUGGUGCUGCAGCUGAGCCUGAGCCUGAGCCUGAGCCUGAGCCUGAGCCUGAGCCUGAGCCUGAGGCUGAGGGGACGCAAAGGCCUUUGCGCCUGAAAGAACUUGCGCCUCAGACGCAUUUCCAGAAGCGAGCUGUUGCAUCCGGCAAGAACGCAGCUAGGCAAAGCGUGGAUGUGGAUUCCAGUGAUGGGGCAAAGGGUGCUGCGGCUACUGUACCAUUGGGGUGGAGAGAAAGGGCAGGAGGGAGGGAGAAAGGGUCACGCGGUGUAGCUGGAGGGCCGGACGCUAAAGCGAGGAAGUUGGGAGGGUAUAAAGGCAGUUAUCUGGACUGGGGUGUGGGGUCAAGCGGAAGGGCCAGCGGAAGCAGGGAGAUGGGUGCUAAAAACACAAGUGAGAAUGUCGUGGCUAGGGGUGGUGGGGUGGUAGGGGUAAGUCAUGUUGGUGAGUGUGGGGCGAGAACGGCAGGGGCUGCUCUGGUGAAGGUGCAGGGUGAUGGGAAGAGCUUUGAGGCGCCUCGUGAGAGAACGGCAGGGGCUGCUCUGGUGAAGGUGCGGGGUGAUGGGAAGAGCGCUUUUAUGGCUGCUUUUGAGCAGCGGUUGCAGGCGGAGUUUACUGCGAUGCGAAGCGGUGGGGUAGGGUUGGGGAUGCAGGGGAAGGCGGGACAAGAGGCAGGUUACGGGCAGGAGAGAAUCAAGGCGGAGAUUUUCGGAGAGGAAGGUGAGAGGGAAGGGGAUGGGAAAGGGAGGGAGAAGAGAGAGGAGAGAGGAGAGGAGAGAGGUGAGGAGAGAAGUGAGGAGAGGCGGAAAGGAGGAGUGGAGGGAGGGGGCAUGGGCAGAUGGGGCCCUUCUUAUUAUCACAUGGAUCAGAGUGUGUAUAGGCACAAUUCGGGUGCAGAGAGGGGUGUGAUUGUAGAGAGGGGCAAGGAGGAGGAGAGAGGCGAGCGGAAGGAGAAGUGGGGGCAACAGCCAACAGCACACACAGGAGAGCAUCAGUCAGGCGCUGUAGCACAGAGGAAGGACGAGUGGCGCGAGGAGUGGGUGAGGAGGAAGAUGAGAGAGACACAGAGGGAGGUGGAGAGGGAGAGGGAGCGAGAGAGGGAGAAGGAGAAGAGGAGAGCGAGGGAGAGGGGUGAGGAGAAGGGCAAGCACAGGAGGAAGGAGAAGAAGCGAAGCAAGAGUAGUAGGCGGUUUGCAGAAUGGUCAUCCGAUGAGUGGAUGGGAGCGGAGGAGAGCGAAGGAAGGGGAGAGGAAAGGGAACCUGGUGAAGGUGUGUCUGGUGCAAGGGAGGGCGAUUGGGAGGGUAAGAGAGAGGAGAGCGAGACACAGGAGAGGGAGCAGGGUGAGGGGAGGGAUAGUGAUUCAAGAGUAGAGAGUAGGGGCAGGAGGGGAAAAUGGAAGAGGAAGAAGAAGAAAAGAAGGACGGGUGAUGGAGAAGAGGCUGAUGGCAGUGGGAGCGAGGAAAGGGACAAGGUGAAGGGUGAUGCCAGCUGGCGUGUUCCCAUUGGCACAGAGCGGCAGCUUAUGCGAUACCUGCAGAAAACUUCAGCUGGUUCAAUACAUGGUUCAGCAGGUGCUGAUGCUUCUGCUUCUGCUGCUGCGUCCAGAAAGUCGAAGUCGUCUGAAUUGGUUCCGGUCCCACAUGCAGCUGCAGCGAGGAGAAAGAAAAAGUCUGCUGGUGUACAUUCAGGUGGAGCGAGGACAGAGAGGCAGCUUAUUCUGGCUACCAGGCAGGCGGAGGAGCAAUCGGGUGGGCUGCUGGGUCACGGGAGUGGGGAGGAGGAGGAUGAGGUGGAGAGGGAGGAGGAAGAGGCGGAGCAGGAGGAGGAAGAUUAUGCGAUGAGGGAUGAGGGUGAUGUGAAGAGAGAGGAAGGAGAUGGUUUUGAGAGAGAGCUGGAGGGGAGGGUUUCUGCGCUCAGUGAUGGUCAUGGGGAGGGUGCGGGGAUGCAUUGGGGAAUGGAGGACGAAGAGGAAGAGGAGGAGAGGAGGAAAAUGCGGAAGAAACAGAAGCUGGAUGAGGGGGGCUGGGAGGAGAGGCAGGAGAGGAAGGAGCGGAGGGAGCAGGAGAAGAGGGAGAAGAGGGAGAAGAGGGAGAAGAGGGAGAAGAAAGAGAAGGAGAAGAAGGAAAGGGAGAGGAAGCAGAGGGAGAGGUCGACAUGUGCGCGCGUGGAGUGGGGCGGAUGGGAGUGGAGAGAGCACGUGAAGCAAGCAGCGCAGAGAGAGGCACUAAAGCAGCGCGCCGAGGCGUACUAUAAAGGGGAUAGAGGCGAGGGCGCGGGAGAAUGGGACGCAGAGGGCACAGGGCCGGGCGCAGGGGCUUCCAUGCGCACUCCCCGCCUGCUCUCCCGGGCUAAUCUCUCCCAAGCCAACCUCCCGGGUUCCUCUUCCCGCCUCCCUCUGUUUGCCUCUGGUGGGGGUGGUGGAGUGAGGUUGCUAGGAGGAGGAGGAGCAGCAGCAGGGGAGGAAGCAUGGGAGGGGAUAGGCGCAGGCACUAGCAUGGGGAUUGGUUCUCUUACUCUGAUCGGCAGUGCCCGGAGCAGCAGGGCGCUGCUGAGGCAGCUAGCGGUGGGUUCAGAGGGGUUGGAAGGGGUGAGGUUCAAGCAGCUGAAGGGGAGGAAGAAGAACCUGAAGCUGGUGCGGAGUCGGAUACACGGAUGGGGGCUGCUGUCCCUGGAGCGGAUCGAAGCGGGGGACUUUAUCAUCGAGUAUACCGGCACCAUCAUCCGUCGAUCGGUGUCGGAGCUACGAGAGAGGAUGUAUGAGGCAGAUGGCAUUGGCAGCAGCUAUCUGUUUCGCGUGGAUGAGGACGUGGUGGUGGAUGCCACCCGCAGCGGUGGCCUUGCUAGAUUCAUCAACCACUCGUGUGAUCCCAACUGUUACACCAAGGUGAUAGUAGCGGACGGGCAGAAGCACGUGGUGAUCUACUCCAAGCGGGUGAUCCAAGCGGGGGAGGAGCUCAGCUACGACUACAAGUUCCCUAUUGAGGACGACGCCAAGAUCCCCUGCCUCUGCCUCUCCAGAAAGGUGAUUCAAGCGGGGGAGGAGCUCAGAUACGACUACAAGUUCCCCAUUGAGGACGAUGCCAAGAUCCCCUGCCUCUGCCUCUCCAGAAAUUGCUCUGCUGUCAUCCAAGCUGGGGAGGAGCUCAGCUACGACUACAAGUUCCCUAUUGAGGACGACGCCAAGAUCCCCUGCCUCUGCUUGUCAAGUAAGUGA